UGUGUGUGUUCGUGUUCAAAACCUUAGGAGGACGUUCGCAGCCAUUAUAAUACACUGCAUUCGAGCAGAGCGCUACGUAGUUUAAGGGACUAACGUUGGUCUAUUAUGCGUUAAUUUUCUUUGUUUAAUUGACAGUUUUAUUAAACUCAAGUUGUAACGUUACUUCAAAGAACAUAAAAUUGUCUAUUUUCAAAACAGUCGUAACGUUGAAUGUAAAUAUAGGCAGCGUUGCGUCGACGUGCGACGCGCCGCAUUCACUGGAGACACGCGAAAACUAGCUAAUUCCUUUUGUCCCACGCAAACAUUUUAGCGCCUUAUUUCGUGAACCAAGAAGAUUUCGAUUGAAGAGACCCGCGUCGAUUUAGAUGGCAAGCUUCUCAGAAUUUGUCAACGAAAAUGAAAUAGGUAAAGCCAAGUUCAUCGGGGAACUCCUACCUCCAGUUGCUCCCUUUGACCAGAAGUCUGGACGGGAGACUUGGACUGUAGCUUUUGCACCUGAUGGUUCUUACUUUGCUUGGUCUCAAGGGCAUCGAAUAGUGAGACUUGUACCAUGGAAAAAUUGCUUAGCCAGCUUUUCUGUAAGGAAGGAAGAUCGGUCGAGUGGUGCAGGUCCUCAAAGACUCUCCCCGCAGAACACUGAGGGCAGUCUGCUACCAGGCGAGCCCAGAGAGCACACUAUCGACUGUGGUGACAUUGUGUGGGGCCUGGCCUUUGGCUCUUCUGUUCCCGAGAAGCAGAGUCGCUGCGUUAAUAUCGAAUGGCACCGGUUCAAGUUCGGACAGGACCAGUUGCUGCUUGCCACCGGCCUCAACAAUGGCCGUAUCAAAAUCUGGGAUGUCUAUACAGGAAAGCUACUGCUGAACCUGAUGGACCACACAGACAUUGUGCGGGACCUGACGUUUGCCCCAGAUGGGAGUUUAGUGCUGGUUUCUGCAUCAAGAGACAAGACCCUACGCGUGUGGGACCUCAAAGAUGACGGUAACAUGGUGAAAGUACUCCGUGGUCAUCAAAACUGGGUCUACUGCAGUGCUUUCUCACCUGAUUCAUCGGUCCUUUGUUCCGUAGGCGCAGGCAAAGCGGUCUUCCUGUGGGACAUGGAUAAGUAUACUCUGAUCCGAAAGCUGGAGGGCCAUCAUAACGAUGUGGUGUCCUGCGAGUUCUCUCCUGACGGGGCCUUGCUGGCUACCGCCUCCUAUGACACUCGUGUCAUAGUGUGGGACCCUCACACAGCCACUGUUCUGUUCGAGCUGGGGCAUCUCUUCCCUCCUCCCUCACCCAUAUUUGCAGGAGGAGCAAAUGACCGAUGGGUUCGCUCCGUUGCCUUUUGUCACGACGGUCGGCACAUUGCCAGCGUCACUGAUGACCGGUUGGUGCGUUUCUGGAGCAUCGAUGAGAAGAGUCCUCAAGCCAUUGCCCCUCUCACUAAUGGCCUCUGUUGUGCCUUUUCUACUGACGGAAGUGUUUUAGCUGCUGGGUCUCGUGAUGGCAGUGUGCAUUUCUGGGCUUCCCCACACAGCAUUGCGAGCCUCCAGCACCUGUGCCGUAUGACCCUGCGGCGAGUCAUGCACACCCAACAGGUUUAUACGCUGCCCAUUCCUUUCUCCAUGCAAGACUACCUGGCCUACAAGACACUUUAACAUGGAACACAAACCACGGCACUCUGUGAAACCAAGGAAAAUGUUUGUUUGUUUGUUUUGUUUUUUUAAGAUAAAAAUGCUUUUCUGUUCAUACAGACCCCCUGAAGUAGUUGAGGUCAGUUCUUUUUGUAUUUAUUUAUUUUUUUUUUUUAUUUUGAAAAUGUACUUUUUUCUUGUUGCAGGCAUAUUUCAGUACUUUUUAUUUGAGUGUUUUCGUCUUUUUUCCCCCCCAUAUCAGGUAGUGGCCUUCACAGACAGCCUUAAUAUAGCAGCGGACCACUUUUUGUCCUUUUGAUUUGCAUUUCUUUUUUUUUCAUCUGGCACAACUUGUACAUCACCUGAGAGUUGAUAAAUGAUGGGUGAAAGUGGUGCUUUCUUUGCCUCAGUUCAAGGUAUUCCUCCACUGAGUUUAAAACAAUGUGACGGGAUUGUCUCCCAAAUGUUCGGCAGUGUUUUCUUUUUUCGUGCUGGUUGUGAGAGGGAUUGAAGGGAAAUGACAAUGUGAAAGUGUGUAUGAAUGCGUGCUUGUGGUAGAUGGAACUGAGUUUGGUUGUUCAGGGACACAGGCAGUGCCUCCCCUUUACGUGCCUCUUUGGAGAAAAUAAACUCAUCCACACGCUUAUGCUGCUUGAGUAAUGGCCUUAUGUUCAUCAUCACAAACCUAAAACUCAUGGGCUAAUUUGUUUCCUCCAGAAAUUGUAUAUUUUUUACCUGUACAGAGAUUUUUAAAGGCACGUUUUUGUUGAGUGUUUGUGUAUAAAUAUGUUUGUAUUAUUGUGUAUAUAUGUAGCUCCAAUUUUUUUCCUUCACUUUAUAAUGCUUGUAUUGAAAGUCUGCCGUGAUGGUCUUUUCUCUUGUGCGAUGAUGAUGAUGGUUUUUAGGGGAACGACACAAGUUUGCUUUGAGGAGAGACUGCCGGCCAGUUUGAUGAGAUUUUACCUAACCAGUAGCGAAACUGAUGCUACACCGUUGAUUUCUCUUUCCAUUUGCUGUAUCUGACCCGGCCCAGCGCAUUGCCUCGUUCUGACCAUUAUCUCUCAACUCACAAUCAAAAAUCUGUCUUUUCACCCUUUGCCAUUCUAGAUGAAUAGCCCUGUGUGUUUUAACAGAGAGAGCCAAAGUGUGGUUUUAUGGGCAUGUCUCAUCUGCAUCUGGUUUUGAGGAACUGGUCAUGUUGGGGGUCUUGGAUUAUUGGAUGUCCUGGAGCUAAAUGGAAUGAUUCUGUUUGUUUGUAUGCGCAUGUGACCCUGCCUGUCAAUCAGUCUUAUUUAAGAAUGUGGGAAUCAGACUGUGGCGAAUUCAUCUGGCCAUGCAGUCUUGGCAAUAGAAAUGAGUUGAAAAAGCUGAUGCCAAAGAUCCCCUUGGGUUCUUAUUGAUGUGAGAGUAAGUUUUAUCUUUCCCCAUCCUUCAUUUAUGGCUAAAACUUGAAAGUCUUUGUACAUGUCUGUUAUUCUACCUGGGUGUAUGAAGAAUGCUGACAUUCAACCGAUUGGGUUUUCUUUAGACGGAUUCUUAUGAAGUAACUCUAGAAAGGAUAGUGAUGCACUUCAGUGUUCCAACUAGAAUUUUAGAUUCACAGGAUUUUUUUUUUAUACGGUGGUGGUAUUUUUCAAUCAUUCAUUAAUAUUAUAGCGAUGCUUUAACUAGUUAAUUUCUCAAUCUGUUUCAGACAGAAUACCUAAUGCUGUGUUCACCAGGAGCAAGUGAAUUUGGCAAGUCAUUUUUACAAGAAUGUCUUUCUUUUUUUAGCUGGUGGGAUUUUUGUUUGUUUUGGUUGUUGAAAUAAAGUAUUUUACAUCA